AUGGCGGCCUUAGCAACCGCAGACGACGCAGGACAACACGGCGCGGGCGGUGAUGGUUUAAAGCUGCAGACAUGUGCUUCACCAGCCUCUCACCACCAUGUCGACGACAAACAGGCCAGACUUAAGAGUGCAGAGUUCUUCCGAGAGGCUGAGAGCAUCAGGCGCCUGAUUGAAAAGCUUCAGAAAGAGCGUCCUGUCGUCUCUCAGUGCAGAAAGAAUGGCUGGACUGAUAUAUGUCCUGAACUUGAAGAAUAUGAGAAAGUCCUGGACAGAGAAAGAAAAGCAGAGAAGGCAAACUUAAAAAAGCAGUUGUCAAAGAUCCAAAAUGGCGUUCGUAAAUUCCAGAGGCAGUUGACCGACGUGAAGCCAUCAGCUGAGUUAAUAGAAAAAUUGAAAAAAAUCAUGUCAGAAGUGGAAACCUUAAUCAACAGCCUAAAAGAGGACCAGCGUCGCAAGUUUGAAGAACUUCUAAAAGAAGAAAGAACCCACAGACAAGAAAUCAGUGCUUAUGAAAAGAAGAUUGAAAAUUGGAAUCAUGCGGUAAAAACGGAACGUCGGCCGCACAUUUCAACUGUCUCAAAGACCAAACUGCAGGAGCGAGACCUCCCCUCUGAGAUCCGAGCUCUUGAAUACUUUCUGAACAGGACAGGAGGCUCCAGUGGAGGCUGGGAUCAGUUUGACCACCAGGCAUUUCUAAAGGUUUGGACAAAGUUCCGUGGUCAGCCAGCGUUCAGGAAGGAGGUGAAAUUGUACUUGCCCAGUAAAACAGAGGAAGAGAUAAAGCAGCAUGAAGAGUGGUACAGAGAACUGGUUCAUCUGCAGGAUAUGAAAAAAGAGGCAAUCCAGCGAUGGAAGACUUGUCGGCAAAUGCAGCGCGAGAACAAGAUCCAGAGUCAGGAGGAGUUGGAGAAAGCCAAACGCAAGGAGAGAUCAGCGUUCAUCCAGGCCCAAAGUGAAAAAGCAGAAGAAGAGAAGAGGGAGAAGGCUUUGCAGCUGGAGAAGUGGAAGAAAGAACUACAGAUGAGAGAGGAAGAGGAGCAGCAGAUGAGGCUGGCUGAGGAAAUAAAAAGGCAGCGACGCACAAAGGAAGAACGUCGUCGUCAAUUAGAAGUCAAACUGAUGAUAGAGGAGCAGCUGCGGCUGAAAAGAGAGGAAGAGGAGGAGGAGCAGAGGAGGAAGAACGAAAAUGAAAUGAGAGAGCAUGAGGAGCGAAGGAGAGAGGCCACAAGGGAGAUCAAGAAGCUGAAUGAAAGGGACCUGCAUAAAGUAGAGGCAAAGUAUCAUGAAAAACAAAUGCAGAAGCAACAGGAAGAAGAGAGACAGAGAAGAAUUGUUUCAAAACUACGGGAAAAAGUGGACGGUCAUGUUAGCAAAGACCCGUCUAGGCUGACUCGUCCCACUAAAGGAUGGGAGGAACGGUUGAAAAACAUUGGCCCUUCAGGAGGAGGGCCUGUUCUGCACAUGUUUCACAGAGCCGUGCCCACUUGGCGUCAAGGGCUGUAA